AUGGGUUUAUCUCCAGAUAACUACGAUUCAAAAUCCUUAUCCGACGAUACCUCCGACCUCUCUCUUCCGGACAAGGAAACGUUAUGGGCCACUGCUAAACAUCCCAAUCUAGCCAUUCCCGUCCGUAGGUCUAAAGAGGCGCUCUCUUCGUAUGAGAGUAUUACAGUUCAGCCCGAAAGAACACUUUACAUAGCGGCCAAGGGUAUCGGUCUGCUCAGAUUGCCGACGCCUUCUCCAGAUCUUGAGAUACCUAUUUACUACAACGACGGAACACUGGCAUAUCAAUCGAUCAGGGGCAAAAGCUGCUCUGGCAACUCCGUCCUCCGUCACCCGACGUUGGGUGAUCUGGUCAGCACAACUUACUUUUUCGGUCCGAACCGGGAACCCAUCAUCACCGUUCUUCAAGACCCCGACCAGCGUCCUUGUGCAAAAGGCACCUUGGAGAUACACGGCAAAUGGACCUCCCGUGCGGUGACAUUCUCAAUGCCAGACGGCUGUCUGUACGAAUGGAGCUAUGCACAGAAAAGAGACUCGCAGAGGAAGAAAGUCAAUCUUCUGACGCUCUCUGUGAAAGAGUCUCCUAGACACAACGACGGAACUGCGGGAACGGUUAUUGCACAAUUGAUGCGGAGCGACGAAGUCCGGACUCCUGGGUCGUCGAGAUGCAGUGCAGGCAACGGGGGUCAGCUUGUGCUGGACAAGGACGCUGACCGAUACCUCGACGAGUCCUUGAUCGUGGCGACGUGUAUCAUGAUGUUGAAGAAAGAGAUAGACAGGAGGCGGUUUGCUCAGUUCGUGAGUCUGGGAAUGGUUGUUACCUGA